UGAUCACCAGUAGGUCUCUGCCUGAGGCACUGGCAGAGAAGCCAAACAGAACUCCCUCCAACAGCAGUGGACUACUGGCUCAAGCAUCAGCCUCCUUGGGGGACCAGACACCAGGCUGCACUGGCAAUCAGGAAGCUGCCCUCAGCAGUGUCGACAUGUCUCGGCCCAGCAGCAGAGCCAUCUACUUGCAACGGAAGGAAUAUUCCCAGAGCGUGGCCUCAGAACCUACCCUCCUGCAGCACAGGGUAGAGCAUCUGAUGACAUGUAAGCUGGGGACACAGAGAGUCCAGGAGCCAAAGGAUGCCCUACAGAAGCUUCAGGAGAUGGAUGCCCAGGGCCGCGUGUGGAGCCAAGACCUGUUCCUACAGGUCAGAGAUGGCUGGCUCCAGUUGCUGGACAUUGAGACUAAGGAGGACCUAGAUUCUUACCGCUUGGACAACAUCAAAGCCAUAGAUGUAGCCCUUAACACCUGCUCCUACAACUCCAUCCUAUCAGUCACCGUACAGGAGUCUGGCCUGCCAGGCAUCAGUACUUUGCUGUUCCAAUGCCAGGAAGUGGGGGCAGAGCAGCUGAGGACAAGCCUGCAGAAGGCCCUGGAAGAAGAGCUAGAAGAAAGACCUCGAUUUGGAGUCCAUCAUCCAAGCCAGGACAGAUGGAAGGAGCCUCCUCUGGAAAGGCCAAUCCCUAUACAUCAGGGACCCCCACUGGAGCAGAGGUUCCCUCCAGAGCAGAGGUUUCCUCCAGAACAGCCAUACACCAUGACCUCAGAACGCAGCAUCUCACCAUCCUCAAGGUCCCUGACACGCUCCCCAAGUGCCCGAGAACCCAAUGGCUUCACUCUGCCUCCUCCUCCGAGGCGUGCUCCCUCUCCUGAGGACUCAGAGAGGGAUGAGGAUGUGCUGAACCAUGUCCUAAGAGACAUUGAGCUGUUUGCUGGAAAGCUGAGGGAGGCCCAGGCAAAAGACAGUCAUAAGAAGAAGAAACUUGGGAAAAAAAAGAAAAGGUCUCAAAAGGGGGUAACAGAAGCAGAGUACAUUGACUGCUUCCAGAAGAUCAAGUUUAGCUUCAACCUCUUGGGGAAGCUGGCCUUGCGGCUUCAGGAAACAAGUGCCCCUGAGUUCGUGGGCCUCAUCUUCCAAACCCUGAAAUUCAUCCUAUCUCAGUGCCCUGAGGAUGGCCUUACAGCCAAAGUGAUUUCCCCCCUCCUCACCCCCAAAGCAAUAGACUUGCUGCAAUCCUGUCUAAGCCCACCCGAGAAUAUUCUCUGGAAGUCGCUAGGCACAUCCUGGACCACCAGCUGGGCUGACUGGACAGGCAUCGAACCGCCACCCUACCACCCCACAUUCUACGAUGGCUGGCAGAUUCCAGAGGCCUACUCCAUGAAACCCCUAAGAAACCAGGAUUCUAUUUCCCUCCGAAGUUCUAGGAUGAGAAGCAGCCUACACUUCCCUCAGGAUGAGCCAUACAAUCAUAACCCUGAAUAUGAGGAGGACUCAAACCUCCCGCCCAACAGUCCCAACCCUGGCAGAGCAGCCCUGAAAAUGCAAGUCCUGUAUGAGUUUGAAGCAAGGAAUGCCCAGGAACUGACUGUGGCACAGGGAGACAUUCUGGAGAUUCUGGACCAGAGCAAGCGAUGGUGGCUAGUGAAGAAUGAAACAGGACUGACUGGUUACAUUCCCAGCAAUAUCCUGGAGCCCCUGCCAGCUGGAGCCACAAGAGGCCACCGACAAUCAUCCUUUAGGGCUCCAAUGCUUCGCCUUAGCUCAAAGCCUGAGGAGGUCACGGCCUGGCUACAAGCAGAGAACUUCUCCACUGUCACUGUGAGGACUCUCGGGGGUCUAGUGGGAAGCCAGCUACUUCACAUGAGACCUGGCGAGCUGCAGAUGCUGUGUCCACAGGAGGCUCCACGGAUCCAGGCCCGGCUGGAGGCUGUCAGAAGGAUGCUAGGGAUGACUCAUUAGAGACCAGCUCAAAUACCUUUAGGACCAAGGACCUCUCAUAUGCAAGAUGGAGUAUUUGGUACCCAGUUAGUGCCAUGGAAGUCCUUUUUCAGUUAAUCGCAAGCCAUAUACCCUGGAUUGCAAGCAAAGAAGAUGAACAGGUCCAGACACGGAAGCAAAUGGUACCCUCAUUGGGUUGGAGCCCCUCUCCGGUUACUAUUUAUUUUAUCCCACAUUCUAAGUUGUCAUACUUAUUCCCAAUCUCUUUAGUCUCAAUCCUUCCAAUAAAAAGCAUCUUUAAGCUUGUUAUAUGA